GCACCAGUGACGUCAGGCCGAAGUGGAGCCGUCUGUUCUGCAGAGCGGAGCCUUGUCACGUGGUGUCGGGCGGAGGUUCGAUGGAGCUUUCAAUUUAGGAGCGCGAUCGAAGAAAAAAAAGAAUUUGACCUAGAUCCCAUUCAGCGAUGCAUUUCCAGGAGUGGUUCCGCUCCGUCCAGGCGGGCGGCCCCGGGGCCAAGGCGGAGUGGGAGGACGUCUGGCGUCUGCUCCCCUCCUUCCCGCUGUCGUCGUUCUCCCUGUCGUCGCUGUCGCCCUGCUCGCUGGUGGGCCUGGGCGCCCUGGCCUCCCUCACCGCCUACUGGCUGGCCACCCGGCCACGCCCCACCCGGCCGCCCUGCGACCUGCAGGCCCAGUCGGUGGCCGUGGAGGGAGGAGAGCCGAGCUGCCGGCGCUCUGCCCUGCUGCCGGACGACGUGCUGCUGGAGUUUUACUACCAGGACACGCGGACGGCCUACGACAUGUUCCAGAGGGGCCUUCGCGUCUCUGGAGGCGGACCCUGUCUUGGUUUCCGAAAACCUGGCCAGCCCUACGAGUGGAUAGCCUAUAGUGAGGUAGCUGAGCAGGCCCAGGUGAUGGGCUCUGGACUGCUGGCCAGCGGCUGCCAGCCGAACCCCCAGCAGUUUGUUGGUAUAUUCGCCCAGAACCGACCAGAGUGGACCAUCUCAGAGCUGGCCUGCUAUACGUACUCCAUGGCCGUGGUGCCUCUGUACGAAACCCUGGGGGUGGAGGCCAUGGUGCAUAUCCUCAAUCUGGCGGAGAUCUCGCUGGUGAUCUGCGACCGUGAGGAGAAGGCCGCCGCCCUGCUGGAGAACAAGGAGCAGGGCGCCACGCCCAGCCUGUCCUGCCUGGUGCUGUUCAGUGACGCCAGCGCCGCCCUGGUGGAGAGGGGGCAGCGGUGCGGCGUGGAGAUCCUGCAGCUGACCCAGAUCAUGGAACUGGGAAGACAGAACCUGCAGGAUCCGAUUCCUCCAAAGCCUGAGGACCUGGCUGUGGUCUGCUUCACCAGUGGAACCACAGGGAAGCCCAAGGGAGCCAUGAUCACCCACGGCAACAUCGCCUCCAACACGUCCUCUGUCAUUAAGAUCCUGGAGGGCUCAUUUGUGAUUGGCCAGGAGGACGUGUCCAUCUCCUACCUGCCACUAGCACACAUGUUUGAGAGGAUGAUCCAGCUCUCCAUGUUCUGCCACGGGGCCCGGGUGGGCUUCUACCAGGGGGACAUCUCCCUCCUCAUGGACGACAUCAAGACCCUGAAGCCCACUCUCUUCCCCGUCGUGCCGCGCCUCCUCAACCGCAUCUACGACAAGAUCCUGGGCUCCAUGACGUCCCCGCUGUGGCGGGCUCUGCUACGCUACGCGGUCCGCAGGAAGCAGGCGGAGCUCAGCAGCGGCGUGGUGCGCAACAACAGCUUCUGGGACAGGCUGGUGUUCAACCGGAUCCAGGCCGGUUUGGGCGGGAACCUGCGGUUCAUCCUGACGGCGUCGGCGCCCAUCUCGCCCACGGUGCUCUCCUUCCUGCGGGCCGUCCUGGGCUGCCUGAUCUUCGAAGGCUACGGCCAGACAGAGUGCACCGCCGGCUGCACCUUCUCAAUGCCGGGAGACUGGAGCGCAGGUCACGUCGGAGCUCCUCUGCCGUGUGCGAUGGUGAAGCUGGUUGAUAUCCCGGAGAUGAAUUACUUCGCCAAGAACGGCGAGGGAGAGAUCUGUAUCCGGGGCCCCAGCGUGUUCAGGGGCUACCUGAAGGACCCCGAGAGGACCCAGGAGGCGCUGGACCCUGAGGGCUGGCUUCACAGCGGGGACGUGGGCCAGUGGCUCCCAAACGGGACGCUCCGGAUCGUCGACCGGAAAAAGCACAUCUUCAAGCUGUCCCAGGGCGAGUACAUCGCCCCGGAGAAGAUCGAGAACGUGUACAUGCGCUGCGUUGUGGUGCUGCAGGUCUUCGUCCACGGCGACAGCCUGCAGUCCCAUCUCAUAGGCAUCGCCGUCCCCGACCCGGAGGUGUUCACCGAUUGGACCAAGGAGCGAGGCUUCGUGGGCUCGUAUGAGGAGCUGUGCCAGAACCCAGAUGUGCAGAAGGCUGUGCUGGAGGACAUGACAGCUGUGGGGAAGGCAGGAGGCCUCAAGUCCUUUGAGCAGGUGAAGGCUCUGUACUUGCACCCCGAGAUGUUCAGCGUGGCCAACGGUCUCCUGACGCCCACGCUGAAGAGCCGGCGUGUGGAUCUCCGCCGGGUCUUCCAGGAGCAGAUCACAAGGAUAUACGGCACCACGCCCGUGUAGCUCCUCCUCCCUACGGAGCUCUGCCCCCCCCCCCCGACCCCGCGGCCUGGCCUCUGAUUGGAGGGAGGAGAAUAGCAGCAGAGGAACGGAGUGGUUUAUUAGAAGCUCUGAACGCAGAAGGUCUUUUCCAGUGAGACCUGGUCCAGCACCUUCCGUCACGUAGAGAUGAGGUUUUUCUGGUUUUCCACAUUUGCAGUCAUAAAUUACCUUGAAGGCCUUGGUUAAUAUUUUGGGGUAGUUUAAAUAUUACUUAACAAAGUCAUUUAUUGAGAACCGAAGGUAAAUAAGGGGAAUACUCCUAUAGGAUAGACUAUUUCUUGUAACACGGCUAUGGCAUCAAACAUUAAGUGUGUAAAGAGUUUAGCCAGUAGGUAGCUAAUCCCAACAAAAGACGAAAGAAAGUUAAUUAGUAUUGAGAGUUUGUUACUGAUGUGCUUUUAAUUUAACAAAUGACCUACAAGUGAAGGUAAUUUGUUGUUCAAGACAUGUGUACCCAUUUUUAAAUGCUUAAAGAAUGACAGAUCAUAUGAGUCCAUUUAUUUCAACGCUGAUUGUACAUACAUGAGAAUUUUUGAUAUUAGUGUUACAAUUUUCCUGGCAUUAAUCCAUUCGCAAUAAAUCCUAUUCUGAUUUUAAAAUGUUCACUCACAUUACAAAUCAAACACCAAAACAAGUAAAAAAAGCUAAACUAGUCAAUUUUAACCAAACACAAGGACAUUUUUCAAGGCAAUGUCCUUCAUGAGAUUAGGUCAUUUUACAAUCUUCCUUCCACUGAUUAUCCUUGAAUAGCGGUCCACUUUUGAACAUCCCGACAAGAGUGUAGAGAAAAACGGUUGGUCCAAAAAAGGAUUAAGAUUUUACUGAAUUGUACAACUUAGAAAAUCAGCCUCCCUUUAAAAUUAGAGGACCGGUAGACGCCAAACAAUGGAACAAAGAAAGAACAGCUGAGGCUGAGUGGCGCUACAUUCCAGGUUUGACCACUAGAGGGAGCCACAGUCUCGGCUUUGAGACGUGUCUCUCCUGUUCAGAACAGGUUCCACUUCGCGGUUCAGGCACGAUGCACUUGACUAUAUAAAGGCCCUUGCCAGUCAGGUGAAAUGUGGGCCCAUGUUGUUGUUACUUGGUUUAAA